AUGAGUAAUGAAAAAAAAAAAAAAUGCUUGUUGAACGGUUCGUUCUGGAGUUUCAUCAAGUCGAAGAAAAAUGACGACAACGAGUCCAAGCCGACGGUGGCCCACCUGGGGGAGGAGAACAAAUUUUACUUCAACAAGGAACUGAAGCGAUGGGUGAUAAGGGGCGAAGAAGACAAAGUUGAAAAUGAAGAGAAGGUGACAGCCCCCCCCAAAAUGAGUACUUUGCAAAACGGCAACCAGGGGUACCGCUCCCUGAUGCAGCAAAACAAAACGAGGAAUGCGCGCACUAUCUAUGCAGAAAUCCCCGGGUUAAAAACGAUUAAGAAGAAGAGCAUUCACAUGCAAGGAGGAAUUGUGUCUCCUUAUAUGAUGGAUUCUGGCAAGAACGAAAUGAGUAGCAACACGACUGAUGAAAAUCGGUCAGAUCCAUUUGGCUCCAACACGUUCAUACCGUGUGUGAAAAAAGUUGAAGAUAGCCCUAAAUUGAGGAGCAAAGAUGAGGAGGGGGAAGAUGGUAUUAAGAGCACUGUGGAUGACACAGGUGUGGAUAACAAAAAGACAGAAGGCGUCCCUAGUGGGGUCAGCCAAAUGAAAAGGGAUAAUGGUGACCCAAUGAAGCAACUAAAUGGAAAGGAUUCAAAAGAGGAGAGUAACAUACAUAGUGUAGAAAACAGUAUUUUCACCCCAAAGGUUAACAUGGACAUGGACAGCGAAUAUAAGAGUAACCUUCCCAAGCAGAACUUUCUUAACUCAAAUAAGAAUAACGACAAGGGAGCAUCCAUACAUGACAGUUACUACGCGGGAAAUGGAGUGCCCAGUGAAAGCAUCCCCAAGGGGCACGAUAUGAAAGCAGGCUUCCAUACCUUUAACCAUACAAGUGGGGUUCACAUACCACCCAAGGAGGUGCGAAGUGAUCAUAUGGGUAGCCCGAUUAAGAUGGAAAAUCGAAGCAGCAAUUUUUAUGGUGACAUGGGUUUAGGGUUUAAUGAAGGGAAAGUAACUCCCCCUUUGAGCAGAGUGCUUCCACCAGUGGCACCCCCUACAGGAGGUGCUGUGAAGCCGGUUUACUUUGAACGGCCAGAACGCGGGGGCACAAAAUUUGCUACCAUGCCGAAUGGCACUUACAACGGGCACGAAAUGGAAGGCUCUCCAACGAGAACCCCCGUUGUGGGAUCAAGUGGGACCGAUUCCUGGGCUACAGGCAAAGAUGAUAUGGCGAGAAGUGUGCCAGUUGUAUUUCCCCCUAAUAAUAUGUACUCAACGAAAACGAUGGACGAGGAAGAUGUGCUUGCAAAUCGGGUGAGCGAACAACAUGAGAAGGAGACCCUUUCCAUGAAUGGCAACUACCCAGGAGGUUUCUUCCCUCAGAAGGAAAAGGAGCUAAUGGAACAUUUUUUAAGUGCACUGGAUAAAAGCUUAACGAAGGAAGAUGAAGAUUUGAAGUGUCGGCUAAAGUUAGAAACGGAAAAGCUUCAUUUAAUUCCACAAGAAGAAAGCGCAUUGGAUAUUCUGUAUAAGAAAAUGAACGAGUUGAAGUGUUUAGAAGAGGAGAGCGAAGACGCAGAAGGACUAAUCGCGUCGCACUUAGAUGAAGGGGAUGGUAGCAACACACAAGGAAGAGAAGACGAGGUGGAAGAAGAAUCCAACCUAAACAAUAUUAUACACUUAAUAAAUAAUAAAAAUAAAAAAAUAAAACAAGAGAUGGAAAUGUUUGUGAACGCAUACAACGAGUUGAGAAAGGUAAAAAUGAAAAAUGAAGAAAUGAUUCGGUUGCACAGAAAAAGAGAAAAAAAAAAUCUGCACAUGUUAAAGGAGAUGGAGGAGAAGGAGAGAAAAAGGAGUGCCUCUUUUAAAAAGAAGGAAAAAAAAUACCAAGAGGAAAUCUUGGAGGAAAAAAGAAACUUUGAAUUAGAAAUUAUGAAUCGCGAAAAAGAGUUGGAGAAGGUCAUGAGGGACCAUGAAGUGUCUCUAAGGAUGAAGGAAGAAGAAUUGGAAAUGCUUAGAGGGCAGGAAGGCGCACUGAAGGAACAGUUAAAGAAAGUCGAGUCGGAAGCGGAUAGAAAGGUGUCCAUGCUGAAGGACGAAUUUGAAACGAGGAGGACUGAAGAGAUGGAGCUCCUGCGAGGCGAGCUCAGGGAUGAAGUGAUGAAUGAACUGAGAACAGAACUUAGGGACGAAGUGAUUAGUGAACUGAGAAACGAAUUGAAGGACCAAGUGGUGAAUGACCUUCAAACCGAACUGAAAGACGAAGCGGCCGGUGACCUGGAAAAGGCGAAGAAAAUCGCAGAAGACAAUUUCAACAGCAAGCUAGAAAAGUAUAAAGAAAAAAUGGAAGAAAAUAAAAAUGAUUUUAUUAACAAUCUAAUCAUUGAAAAAAACAGUGAAGUGGAAGCUCUGAGGUGUCAGAUGGAGAAAAUGAAAAAUGAAGAAAUUUGCCAAUUGAAGGAGGAACAGCAGAGGGCGAUGAAUGAGAACAUGGACCAGAUGAAACAGAGUCUCCUCGAGGAGCACCAGCAGCACGUCGAGGAACUGAAGCAAGAGUACGAGUCGCAAAUGAGUAGAGAAAUUGAGGCGCUGCGAGGUGAAGUGAGCAGGAAGGAGGAGGAAUUGGAGACCAUGGGUCAAGAAUUAAUGGAUGAGCGGGAGAGACUUGCUCAGAUGGAGAAUUCGCAUGAGGAGAAGAUAGCUCAGAUGAACAAUGAGAUGAAUCAAUUGGCUAAGGAAAAGGAGCAUCUCGAAUUGAACGUUGCUCUACUGAAGGAGGAAAAGGAAAACGCUAUGAACAGAAAUCAAAAUUUAGAAGAUAACCUAAAGAACAACGAAGAAAUACACAGCAAAAGGGUAAGUCUGCUGCAAGAACAGAAAGACAAAUUGGAGAAAGAAAUAGAAGAAAUGGCACAAAAGAAAAGAAAAGAAUCUGAAGAGAUUAGAGAAAAAUUUGCUGACCUUCUACAAGCAGAAAUUAAUAGAAUUAAAAAAGAGUCUGAAGAAAAGGUACACACUUAUGUUAAACAAUAUGAAGAAAUGAGUGAAGAGUAUGAGACGAAGAAAAAGGAAUUCAGUGAUUUGCUCGAGAAAGCAAACAGCAACAAUAAAGACUUGAAUAAAAAAUAUGAAGAAAAUAUAAUUAAAAUAAAUGAGUACGAAGGAAUGAUUAAGAUGUUGGAGAAUCAAACAGAGCAAAUGGUACGAAAUAAAAUUGAAGAACUAAAUGAAGAAUUUGAAAAGAAAAAAGAAAUUUUCGAAAAGGAAAAAAAAGAUUUACUAGAAAAUUGUGUACACCUUGAAGAAAGUAAUAAGAAAAUGAAGCAACAGAUGGAGAAAGAAAUUAAUCUCACCAUGCAAGAAAAUGAACAGAACAUUGUUCGCAUUACAAAUACGUAUGAGUCCAGGGUCCAGGAAAUGGAGAAGAGGUGCGAACUACUAAUGAGUCAGUGCAGUGAACUCAAAAUGAAGAACGAUGAAAUGAUGGAAAAUUUUUCCAAGGAGAAAGAGCAGACGGAGAGGAGUCUAGAACAUUUGAGCAACGUCAACGAUGAGCUCACCACCCAGAAUGAUCAACUGAGUGAUAACCUAAACGAAGUCAAAAACGAACUGUCCACUCUGCAAGACAAGUACGAACAAGUGGCUAACCAAAAUGCCCACCUGAAGAGCAGCGAAGAAGAGCAAAAGAAACUCAGCAAUAGGUUGAGCGACUUAAAUAAUAUAAAUAGAGAUUUGCUUAAGGUUACAGAAAAGGAGAGAGAAUUAAACGUAAAAAAUAUGAACAUCAUCAAAUCUUUGCAAGUACAAAUAAAGGAACAAACGAAUUUGUACAAGGAGUACACAGAUGAAUUGAAAGAUGAAAUUAAGAAGCUAAAGCGAGCGACUGAGUCGGAAUCCGAUUCGAAUCUCUCGCAAUUGUUAAACGAAAACAAAAAAUUAAAGUUGCAAAAUGAGGUCAUAACCACCAAGAGCGAGACCAUGUCCGUGGCCCUCGACAACUUAACCAAGAGACUCAGCUUCAUUGAGACCAGCAUUCGGGAUAAGGAAUAUGGCCAGGAGAUCAUCCGGCGCGCGGAUGAGUUGCCGCUCGGUUGA